AUGUCCUUCCUCAAGCCGUCGAGCGCGACCUCCGCGCCCUCGCCCACGCCGUCGAACUCGUCGCAGACUGGCAAAAAGCGCCCGCGCCCCGAUCCCAGCGCGCCAGUCUACUCGCAACCGGAGAAUACAAGCUCUGGUUUGGAGACCAUGACCCGUGUCACCUUCGCGCUCGACUACCUCAAGGAAAACGACAAAGCUAUGACUUUCGAGGACGUUUUCAAGUACCUGUCCAUUCAGGAGCCCGGUGGCCCUGGUGCGAAGCCUAGACCGGCACCUAAAGGCGGCCGUGACUGGAAGCUGUUGACCACCAUCCUGCAACGCCACGACAAGGUUGAAUUCGAUCCGACCGGCUUCAAGGGGUUAGGUUCCUACCGCUACCGCCCCAAGCACAACGUGCGCUCUGCCGAGCAGUUGAAGGGCCUUUUGCAGCGACAGACAAGCUCGGUGGGCAUCAAGGUCUCGGAGCUGAAGGAUGGGUGGACGGGAGCGAUUGACGCCAUCAAUGAGCUGGACAAGAAGGGGGAGAUCCUGGUCACCCGCAACCAGAAGACGGGCCAGCCUCUUCUGGUUUGGCAGAACGAUCCCUCUCUGUCACACAACAUCGACCCGGAGUUCCGCAGCAUGUUCCUGAGCAUCGCGCUUCCGGCCAACCCCGACGAUAUGCGCUCGAGACUGGAAGCAGCUGGCCUGAAGCCUGUGAGCGCUCCGAGGGAAUCUAAGCCUCUCAACAAUCAGCCACAAAAGAAGAAGAAGAAGGCGCCGCGGAAGGGUAUGAAGACGUCCAACACGCACAUGUUGAACGUCUUCAGGGACUACUCCGACAAGAAGAAAUAA